UCGGAAACAACCUCUGGCGAUAAGGUGCUCGCGUAUGCACGGAGUGUCGCGCAUCACAAUAAGCAGCACAGAGGGUAUUUCAGCUCUGUCUCGUGGUCACCACUACAAGCAGUUCGUGUGUACCAUUUAGACAACAGCACGUACCCGACACCGAGCAACACAACAAUUGACUGACGUCUCCCAGCGCCAGGUGCCUGCAACUUCAAGAAUACCAUUGGGAUUCCCGAAGACAACCUUUCUCUAUUUAGAGGGUCUUGGGGUCCUUCUCGAGCUACUCCGUGUGGACAUGCGUGUCCGGUCACUGCAUACAUGAAGAGAGAGCUAACAAGGUGCAUGCAGGGGUACGUCAAGGCCGUGUUCGACCUGAUCGGGACGCUGCAGGAGCGCUGGGAGAAACACACAAGACUUGCCAAGGAUGACGACCGCGACUACCACGGCGUCCAGGAAGCGGUGGGCAUCAUUAAGAUGCUGAAGACAGUGCCCGGUUUGGCGACAACGCCAGCGGCGGGCGGAACCAACGAGGAAGCCAUGGGGCUUCAGCUAAAGCGGGGGAUUGCCACCGUGGCUCGCGCGUUCGACGUAUGGUGGGCUAGCCGCAACGAGUUCUCAGAGAUGGUGAGAGCAUGUAGAGGUUCGAAUAAACAGUCGACGUUGGCCUGCCUACGUUUUAUUUCGCAACAAUGGCGAAGCUUUCAUCAUCAUCAACUUCUACGUCGCCCGAUCUCAUUUCAACCGAACUCGUCGCAGCACAUCGUGGCCACCCUUCAUCGGUCGAUGGAGUUUGAUGUUGGGCUCCAGAUCGCCAUGAACAACAGUGCGAGAGAAGCGGGGGGAGAACCCCACCACUCCUCCUCCGCGUCGUCUUCCAUGGCCGCACCAGACAUGAUGCGCCCCGCGUGUAGUCUGGGCUACAUUAUUGGGAUGGCGAUGGAGAACAUAGAUACCGACCGCAACGCCAAUAGGACGGACCUUAUGGAGAUUUUCGAUGGGGAUGCGGAGGCGGCGAGGGUGAACCACAUUCACAUCCACGGGAUGGAUGUAUGGAAAGUCUCGUGCCCGCACUACAACGUGCGGGUGAAGGCCGACCCUCUAGCAAACGCCCUCGCGGUUGAGUACGGCCUCGACCUUGGCAAAGGCGAUGCCGUCGCCCUUUCCUGGCUUGAGAAGAGCCACCGGUGGCAAGAGGAGAAUUAUGUUGGCAUCGGGGACUUCGUCAGUUCCGAGGAGCUCAAGGAGCUCGAGAAGCUCGAGCGGGAGCGGGAUGCCAACAAGGCAGCGAACUAACCGACCAGCGGAGCCACCGCCGCUGGUGCACCCUCGCCAGCUUCGAACGGCAACGCCGCGCGGUGGCCGCUGUUGAACAGGCAAACGAACACCGAAAUCGCCUCGGAUGAGCUUGCCGCCCGUGCUCUCGCUUCUCAGAUUUACCAGGAGUUUCUCCUUAAGGAAAAGAAGCAAGUGCAGGCAGACGAGGAAUAUGCGCGUAGCCUAGUUAGCGCUCAACCCACGGAGCAGCAGGCCUCUCAGGCUGCCCAAAAGCGAGGCAGUGCUGAAGAGGACGGCGAGGGAUGGCAAACUGUGCGUAGGCCAAAGAAUCGGCAGAAUCAGCCCCGGUCAAAGCCACGACAGCAGCCACCAAGGAAGCCCUAGGACACUACAGUAACUCUUGAACGACACACGCCUAGUCGUCGAGAUUGGUAGUUCAAUGCAGUGUUUUCUUACACCCCCCAGACUGUUUCCUACACAGUCCGUAGAUGUGCUUUGCACUUCGAAGCACGGCAGAUGCAAGAACUAAUUGUACCCUUCUCCUGUGCAUUUAGGGAGGGAAAUAUGUUUUCUCUAGACCUGUGUUUUGUCGAGUUUGUGCCAGGCUAGGCCGCUGAGGUGUCCGUGGUGCUGUGCAAUGCCACACUCUUGUCUAGGUGUAGACUAUCAUAACAGGGCGUGGAUAUAUUUGUUGCCCUGGAUUAUGCAACCCACGGUGUAAAUGCGAGCAAGGGUGUUCUCGAACAUCGU